AUCACCUUCCUUUUUACAGAAAGCCCCGAACACUCAAAAAAUAUGCUAAAAUCCCCUCCCUCCUCCUCCUCCUCCUUAUUCUUCAACCUCGGUUUCAGUUUCUUUAGAAAGAGAAGAAGCAUAGUUUUUUCUAUCUUCUCUUUUCGUUUCGUUUGCUUAUCGAUCCCUGAAUAUGAAGGGGAACCGGGGGCGAUCCAAGGUUCAAGGGCUUCCCAUCGCCCUCGUCUUCUGCUGCGUUUCCUUUCUCGCUGGAUUCUUUGGGUCCGUGCUGCUCUUUAAAGAUUCCUCCGGCGGCGCCGGGCCCCGGCUGAGGCGGACGGAAGCGGAGGAGGAGUUUCCGGCCAUGCCUCAUGGAGACAGUGGAGAGUCUCGGCCGUCGUCCAUCCCUUUUCAGAUACUGAGCUGGAAACCUCGUGUACUCUAUUUUCCUAAAUUUGCAACAGCUGAACAAUGUCAAGGUGUAAUAGAAAUGUCAAAAUCAAGACUUAAGCCUUCGAAGUUGGCUUUGCGAGAGGGAGAAACGGCUGAGAACACGAAAGGAGUAAGAACAAGUACAGGUACCUAUAUCCAUUCAUCUGAAGACCCAACUGGAAUACUGGAUCAGAUUGAGCAAAAGAUGGCGAGGGCUACAAUGAUUCCAAGAGCCCAUGGAGAGGAAUUCAACAUUCUCCGCUAUGAAAUUGGACAAAGUUAUGCUUCUCAUUAUGAUGCAUUUAGUCCAGCGGAAUAUGGCCCACAAGAGAGCCAAAGGAUGGCAACUUUCUUGUUGUAUUUAUCAGAUGUUGAGGAAGGAGGAGAAACUAUAUUUCCAUUUGAGAAUGGUUUGAACAUGAAUAUUGGUUAUGAUUAUCGGAAAUGCAUUGGUUUGAAAGUGAAGCCAAGACGAGGCGAUGCUCUUCUAUUUUACUCACUGUUUACUAAUGGUACAAUUGAUAAAAGAUCGCUUCAUGGGAGUUGUCCAGUGAUCAAAGGGGAAAAAUGGGUUGCAGCAAAGUGGAUCAGAGAUCAAGUUCAAGACUACUAAAUAUCCUUGAGCUGUCCAAUUUUUGUAUCUUUUGAUCACAUAUGUGGA